AUGCCAGCAAAUAGGAGAACUGGCCAAUCUUCAUCAACCACCAGAGCAUCUCCUCCUCAAUCGAUUGGACGAACAUUGAAUCCAGAAAUACUUCAAUGCCUCGAAAAUGAAUUGAAACUAUUAAAAAAUACUGCAUCAAAAUAUCAAUAUACUCUUCAGAAAGCUAUUUCAUCUUUGGAACAAUAUCCGAAAAAGAUAUACAGUGGUGCAGAGGCUCAAACACUGAAAGGAGUUGGACCCAAGACUGCUCGAACAAUUGAUAAAUAUUUAAAAGAUAAUAAUAUUAAUUUGGGUGACCCACCUCCAACAAAUUCAACAACAUCUUCACAAGAGCUUAUCACCAAUGAAAAUAAUUCACAAAUUUGUUCUUCUAAUGAUAAUACGACAGCAUCAAAAAAGAAAUCUACACGAAAAUAUGUUCCCAAAUUUAAAACAGCUGCAUGGGCCAUCAUGAUCGCCAUGUACAGAUAUUCAAAAGAAAAAAAUUGUGAAAGUGCUACGAAAAAGAUAAUUAUACCCAUUUGUGAAACACUUACAGAGACACCCAUGGAAAAAUCUUCAAAUAGUUCACACUAUACAGGAUGGAAUUCCAUCUCAACUCUCGUGAAGAAAGAUUUGGUGAAAAGUCACAAACGAGGUAAAUACUCACUCACACAAAAAGGAAGAGCACUUGCAAGAAGACUUCAUCGAGCAGAAAAAGAAUUUGCAGAUCGAGAUUUUUCAUGGCAAGAAACAGAAGAAGAAUUAAGCAGUUCCUCAGAGAAUGAUGAGAGUGAGGAGGACGAGGAAACAACAUUGUCUCGUCGACAAACAGAUACUACAACACGAGAGGCCUCUAAGGAUGGUAAAGAAUUAUCAAAAAAGAGAAAAAAAGCACUUUCUAAGAGAUCUGAAAAUUCGACAACAAGCAGUUUCCUUGAGACACAAUCAGCGCCACCUCAACUCGGCAAUUCUUCUUCUUCGUAUCAAUAUUCAUCUCAAGAAUAUGAGUUUGACCCUGAUCUUGACUCGGAUUUACUUCCUACGAAUUCACAACAAGAAUAUUCUUCACAGCCAUUAUUGAAUACCUCAUUCCCUACAAGUAAGCAUUCCAAGAAUUACAACAGAACCACUUUAAGGCAAGAAUCUCUCUCUGAGAGUCAACCUGCAAGUACUACUACUACAGCAUUAUCGGAAUGUCCUAUUUUCUGUAUUGAUUCAGACGAUGAGGAUGAGAGUGCAUCUGAUUCUGAUUCUAUUGAAAUGUUCUACGAUUAUGAGAAUUGUCCUGUGAAAUUGUCCUUUCUCGAUGAUCGUAAUAAGGAAGUAUCCACCAUUGACAAAUGUAAAUUAAGCAUGAGCGCUGGAUGUCCUGUGUUAAUGAUUCAAUGUAAAUAUCCAAAAGAGUAUAAGGUGACGUGUAAAAAACUGUGGCAAGUUAUUUUUGAUUAUGAACCUCAAAGUAAGGAGUGUGAUGACUUUAUCGUGGUUCAAGGUAAAGUCAAUGAAAGAAGAUUGAAAAAUGUUAAAGAAUCUAGAGAUUUAUUGAAAAAUCUUGUAUUUGAUUCGAGAUUAUUACCAACUUUUGUGCCACAACAGCAGCAAAAAACUUCCACGUCAAAAGGGAAGACGAUCAAUGAACACACAACAACCCAAUCCUGGAGUCAGAUUUCUUCAAGUGAUGAAGAACAAUGUGUGUCGACAACAAGUAGUUGUCAAUUUUCAAUACCUGAUUUCAAUGGGUUGGAUCAUGUGAGCAACUCAGAGUAUGCACAAUCCAAUCACUUGGAAACAGUACCUCCAUUCAGCUCCAUGACAGAACAGAGAAAGAAUCCAGCAAGAAAGAGAAAAGAAAUUCUAUUCGAUGAUGAAGACGACCAUCAUGAUGAGGAUGAUUUUGAAUCGUUACACGUCGACACGAAUCAAUUCGAGCGACGAAAAGUGAAUUCGAUGCAUUGCACGGAACGAGAGAUUACAUGUAGUAGGCCCGAUAGUAAUGCUACUACCAGUAAUAGUUCUCGAACCAUCAUGCCACCUCCUUCGUUUAUUCCUUCAAGAAAUUUACCGUUAUCAUCAUCUGCUUCUGGUGGUGCAUCAACAUUACGACCGUUAAGCUCAGAAACUUCCAGUAGUGACAAGUCCAUUAACUUUACAGAUUACCUUAACAGUGACUCGGAUAGAAGUUCUUCUUCAGAAAGAGUGAAUAGUAAUAGUGAACGAAGAGAAAAGUACAAAAUCAAACUCAUUAUUGAUCAACGAGAACGAACAGGACGAGGAUCCGAUCGAAAACAAUUUUGUGAAAAACUUUGUAGAGCUGGAAUUGAUGCCGAAGUGUCUCAACUUGGAUUAGGAGAUAUGAUUUGGGUUGCACAAAAGAUGGAUCAAUCUGGAGCAGGAUUAACAAGCAUCUCCACAGCACAAGUUCUAGAUGUUAUUGUGGAAAGAAAGGAUAUUAAUGAUUUAGCGUCGAGUAUUAAGGACGGAAGAUAUAGGGAACAGAAAUUUCGAUUGAAUCAAUGUGGGUGCUCUAAUGUGUUUUAUUUGAUUGAAAGAGACUUUAAAGAUCAAGAUCAAAUUUCACACACAAGUUUGGAGACCGCUAUGUGCAAAAUGAUUUCAGAAGGUAUCGGUGUGAAACAUACUCCGUCCUUGGAAGCAUCGAUAGCGUUUUUGCAACAUCUUAAUGCAGUACUGUGUGAAUUAAUUGAUGAGAAUGGAAUUGAACCUUACAAACUCAUGGUCACUAAUCCUCUUGACGAUGGUCCACAACUUUUUAAUCCAACACUCGCACAGUACAAUCAAAUGUUCAGUAAGAAAAAUUUUGAAGUCAAGAAAAAGGAAAUCUUUGCAAGACAACUUCAAGCCGUCGAUCGAUGUUCUGCUCAAGUGGCAGAAAGUAUUACGAAUGCUUUUCCAACACAUGAAGCACUGAGUGCCGCAUUUAAGAAACAUGGUGAGACUGCCUUAGAAAAUGUGCCUUUGAUGUCAGCAGUAGAUCAGAUUUCUACAAAGCGAGUGGGAAAGUCGCUCUCCAAACGUUUAUAUCUGGAAUUUACACAAUAA